AUGGCUGCAGCCUCGGCUCCUCCCGAGCAGUCUGAGCACGGAGGUCUUGCGCCUGCUGCGACCCGCGCGAUCUGCGCUGGCGGUGUCUUGACUGGCAGUGUCUCCAGUGUCUCCAGCAUCUCGGUGGAAGCCCCCGAAAUUUACACCGGCAACACAGCCAUGCGCAAUUACUACCGUAUUCAGGGGGUGGACGAUCGAAGGAGGAAAAGUUGA